AUGCCUUAUUCCAUGCAAGAGAAGCGUUUCCUCAGGCGGCUGAAUGCACCCACAGAAAGAGAGGUGUCUGCUUGGGUGACCUGGUGCCGAAGACGAUACAGGGUCUAUAGGCAACUUCAAGAAGGUAUCUGGAAUCUUGCCAGAAUCUGUCAGCUCUGGAAAGCUUCUCUGGAUGAGAUUGAGGGGAUUUUUGGCCCAGGCAUCCACUCCUAUUUCUAUUUCCUGAAGUUCCUGCUUUUUAUCAAUUUCCUGGCUAUGCUGCUUAUCACAGGAUUUGUACAGCUGCCUGUUACCAUCUCCCGUGACACAACCAGUUUUCUGAAGGGUCCAGGUGCGGAGCUGGAGUGCAUGAACUACAGCAGUGACAUCAGUCAUAGAUCAGUCUGGCAACACAUUCAGGACGUCAUCACUGGGGAAGGCUAUUUGGAGCAUUCCAGACUAUUUUAUGGUGCUUAUCAUGUAAAACAGGAUAACAACCACCACUAUAAUAUACACUUAGCCUACCUGCUUAGCAUCUUGGGAUACCUCUUUGGUUGCUUCCUCUGGAUCUUUUGGCGAAUUGUUGCCAGUUUGGUGCAAUGGCUGACACUACGAGGUGAAUUCAAGACACGCAUCAGGAUCUUUGCAGAAUGGGAUUUCUGCAUCCAAAAUCCUGAGGUGGCUACCCUCAAACAGCGGAGUAUUUACAAUGUCCUUAAGAUUGAUAUGGCAGAGCAGACCCGGCGUGCGCAGAAGCGACUGCGGACAUGGAAACAACUAACACAGCUCUAUCUGCUACGCCUGCUAAUUAAUGGCGUCAUCUUGCUUCUGAUUUCUGCUGCUUUCUUUUGCAUUCACUUGGCCACAGAUGUUUCCCAGCAAGAUGUUGCCAGCCUCAGUGUAGUAAACCAGUAUCUGCCACCUGUGGUCAUCUCCAUAGUGAAUGCUCUCCUGCCCUUUCUGUUCCAUGCUCUGGCCCAGUUGGAGGGCUGCUCUCCCAAGACUGAAGUUAACCUUACUCUGGUCAGAUGUGUGAUCCUGAAGCUGUCCAGCCUGGGAAUGUUCCUGCUCUUUCUGAGCCAGAGGGUCCUGUGCACAGGGAGAAGAAAUGCUCCCCAGUGCCAACCAUGCGGUUACAACAAACUCUAUCAGUGCUGGGAAACUCACAUUGGACAGGAGAUGUAUAAGAUGACUGUCUUCAGCUUCUUGACCACCUUGGCAUUUGCUUUCCUUAUCAGUCUGCCACGGAGGCUGUUAGCUAAACAUUCAUCCUGUGCCCUGGCUCGCUGGCUUGGCAAAGAGGAAUUCCUGGUGCCUCACAAUGUGCUGGAUAUUGUAGCAGUUCAAACAGUCAUAUGGACUGGGAUCUUCUUUUGUCCUCUCCUGCCUUUGGUCGGAUGUGUGGUCAUCUUCCUUACAUUCUAUAUAAAAAAGUACACUUUGUUCCAGAACUGUCGGCCUUCAACUCAGCUGUUUCGAGCAACCCAUUCUAAAUUCUUCUUUCAAAUUAUGUUACUACUAGGCUUGUUUCUGGCCUGUGCAUCUCUGGGCUAUGCCAUCAGCAGUGUCCGCCCAUCUCAGGCCUGUGGGCUGUUUGUCAACUAUUCAACUUCUUGGCAGGCCGUGCCUAAAGCAACGUCCCACCUACCUACCUGGGCACUGCUUAUUUGGAAUUAUGCCACAUCGAAUAUCUUCUGUCUAUUACUCUUGAUGCUGCUCAGCCUCAUCCUCACCAUCUACGUUUCUCAGGCACGAGCAAAUAGACAAGAGAUUGAAAGGCUCAAGAGGCAACGAGUACAGUGUGUCCAGGAAAAAUGGUGCCUGAUAAAAAAACUGACUUUGCACCUAGUAGAUCUUCCAUGAGUUUGGUGAGAAAAGUCGUCGAGAGGAAAUAAACAUCUUAUGAAAGGACUAUACUGAUAUGUCAAUAGCAGGAAAAUUUUCCUCGCUUCUGAAGAGGGACGAGAGCUCAGAAUGACCAAAAUCUGCUUAGACUGGUCACAGAAGAAGCCAAGGAAUCCCCUUUCUCUGGUUGGUUUUUAUACUGAGCAAGGUCUCAUUGUAAUGGGGACAAACUGGCUCCUACAUUCACUCUCUCAUACCCUUGAUCUGUAUCUACUUUCUCACUGUUUGUACAGGCUGCCUUACAUAUUGAAUUAUGUACCUAAUAUUGAUCUUUCCCUCACAGUCUCACACUGGAACAAGCAGGAAGCUUGCUACUGUGUACUAGAAAUGUUGCUGUUUUGGGAAAAACAGGCAUGUCAAUAAAGAUAUGCAUGCUCAUGAAACUGA